CAGCAGCGCUGGCCAAUGGGCGCCCGGGAGGCGGUGCCUGUGGCCAAUGGAGGCGGCCGGCGCGCCGGGGGCGGGGCAGAUGCGCUGCGAGGCGCGCACGGACGAGAGCUCAGCGCCGUCCGCUCCGCACCGCGCCGGCCCCGCAGCGCCAGAACGCAGGCAAUCAUGAGUGACCGAAAGGCAGUGAUCAAAAAUGCGGACAUGUCAGAAGAGAUGCAGCAAGACUCGGUGGAAUGUGCAACUCAAGCGUUGGAGAAAUACAACAUCGAGAAGGACAUCGCUGCUCACAUAAAGAAGGAAUUUGACAAGAAAUACAAUCCCACGUGGCACUGCAUUGUGGGAAGGAACUUUGGCAGCUACGUGACUCAUGAGACCAAGCACUUCAUCUACUUCUACCUCGGCCAAGUCGCUAUUCUUCUUUUCAAGUCUGGCUAGAACCAUGGACUGUUACUGAAACUUGCACCUGGGGACAGGACUGCACAGAUCCCCACCUUCAGCCUUCCUAGGGAAACACAUCUUAAUCUUCAGGUCUUUUGUUGUAUUGUUAAUGGUCAGGGAUUUUGCUGUAGCUGCUGGUAUUUUCAUUGUGGCUAUAUAGAAAAGCAAAAAUGUCUUCCUUGUAUUUAUUUUCUUUCAGAAGAUGGCUUCUUUGCUAAUAAAACCGUUGGAACAAGUUUA